GAACCUAAAGAAUAGAAUCAAACCCUUUUGUCGCCGUCGUCGUGCUCUGCUUUCUCUCUCUCUCUCUUCUACCCCAGAUCGAACCAAGAUCGAUUGGUUCGUCUCUUUCUCUCUCCUCUCAAAUUCACCUCUUGUUUAGGAUCUCAACCAACUAAUUUCUGGGGUUUUUUAUACAAUUUUUGCAGAGGAAGAGAGGAGAUUCUAAGAGUAAGUAAGAGAAGAGAAGAUGUUUGGGAGAGCACCUAAGAAGAGCGAUAAUACUCGCUAUUAUGAAGUUUUAGGAGUUCCUAAGACUGCUUCUCCUGAAGAUCUUAAGAAGGCUUAUAAGAAAGCUGCCAUUAAGAAUCAUCCUGAUAAGGGUGGUGAUCCUGAAAAGUUUAAGGAAUUGGCACAUGCAUAUGAAGUUCUAAGUGAUCCUGAAAAGCGAGAAAUAUAUGAUCAGUAUGGAGAGGAUGCCUUGAAGGAAGGGAUGGGUGGUGGCGGUGGAGGCCAUGACCCAUUUGAUAUAUUCUCUUCUUUCUUUGGGGGUAGUCCGUUUGGCGGCGGUGGUGGGAGUAGCAGAGGACGAAGGCAAAGAAGGGGAGAGGAUGUUAUCCAUCCUUUGAAGGUUUCUUUGGACGAUGUGUACAAUGGUUCGUCAAAGAAGCUUUCCCUUUCCCGCAACGUUAUCUGCUCCAAGUGCAAGGGAAAGGGAUCGAAAUCUGGUGCUUCUAUGAAAUGUGCUGGAUGCCAAGGAUCUGGAGUGAAAAUCUCAAUCAGGCAUCUUGGUCCUUCCAUGAUCCAGCAGAUGCAACAUGCUUGUAAUGACUGCAAGGGUACUGGUGAGACCAUCAGUGACAAGGAUCGUUGCCCACAAUGCAAGGGUGAGAAGGUUGUCCAGGAAAAGAAAGUUUUGGAAGUUCAUGUUGAGAAGGGGAUGCAGAAUGGCCAAAAGAUCACAUUUCCCGGAGAAGCUGAUGAAGCGCCUGAAACUGUCACUGGCGACAUUGUCUUCAUCCUACAGCAGAAGGAGCACCCAAAAUUCAAGCGAAAGGGUGAUGACCUUUUCUAUGAGCAUACCCUUUCCUUGACCGAGGCUCUCUGUGGGUUUCAGUUUGUAUUAACCCAUUUGGAUAAUAGACAAUUGCUAAUCAAAUCUCAGCCUGGAGAAGUUGUCAAGCCAGACUCCUUCAAGGCAAUCAAUGAUGAAGGGAUGCCUAUGUAUCAGAGACCCUUCAUGAAAGGCAAGUUGUAUAUCCAUUUCACAGUUGAAUUCCCUGAGUCCUUGGCAAUGGACCAGUGCAAGGCUUUGGAAUCUGUGCUUCCUCCAAGGUCCUCACCCAAGCUAACUGAUAUGGAAUUGGAUGAAUGCGAGGAGACCACUUUAAAUGAUGUCAAUAUUGAUGAGGAAAUGCGCAGGAAAGAGGCCCGAGCCCAGCAAGAGGCUUACGAUGAGGAUGAAGACAUGCAUGGUGGUGCCCAAAGGGUUCAGUGUGCUCAGCAAUAAUUCAAGAGUGAGUUGAGUUAAUUGAAUCAUGGGGCAGGGCCCUGCUGAGGACCUGAGGGGACUAAACGCUCUUCAAGUGAUGGGCGUUCAAAGAUUUAAUUGUUGCUUACCGGCAAGAAUAAGUUUAUUUAGUUGUUCUAGUAGUAGUCUAGAUUCAUAGAUGCCUUUGAAGAAUUCUUGUCGAGCAAAAGUGUCAAAUUUUCUUGUGGGUAACAGGAUUUUCAUGGUACCUAAAAUGAUUAGGCCUGUGUAGAACAUUUUUUUGCUUCCUAUGAUAAUAUUUGUUGCUAAUUCUGUUAAUUUGAUUUGUAUUGUCACGAAAGAAAAUAUUUACUAUGGAUGGCAGGAUGGGGGUAGACAUCCACCUUUGAAUCU